UGGAAAAAUAAAUUUAAAAUAAAGAAAAUUAUGACAGAAUCUAUGGUUGAAGAAAACCAGGGAAUAUGUGAACAAUGUAAACAACCAAAUAUUAGCCAUAAAUGGUGUAAAGAUUGCAAUUCGAAACAUUUUCAAAAACAGUUCAGUAAUUGGACAAGUAAUAACAUUAUCAUUGAUAAAUUUAUCCAAGAUAUACAACUUAAAGCAAUUAAUAAGUAUCAAGUUAUAGAAUGGAUUCCAUACGAAAAUUUUUUAAAUGUUGAAUAUCUUGCUAGAGGUGGCUAUGGAGAAGUAUUUAAAGCGAAAUGGAAAGAUGGUUGCAUUCAAUGUUGGGAUCAUAAAAAUCAAAAAUGGGAUAGAACUAUAAAUAAACUAGAUGGUUUAGAUGUUGUUCUUAAAAGCUUAUAUGAUUCAAAAGAUAUAGCAUCUGAAUUUUUGGAAGAGAUAAAUUAUCAAAUAACAUCAUAUGAUGAUUAUCUUCUUAAUAACAAGCAGAAAUAUUCAGAAUUAUGGAAUCAAAUUGUUACAAUAGAGCAAUCUAAAAAUGAACAAUCUUCCAAUACUCAGAUUAAUGACACAUCAUCAAUACGUUUGAAUUAUACAACACAUCCUCAAGCUGUUUAUACAAGUCAUCUUAUAAAUGUUUCUCAAUUUUCUUUAAAAGUUUCCGAUUCUAUUAAAUAA